AUGGAGAAAUAUGCACGACAAGCUGUCACCGAAGGCAUCAAGACACCCGAUGAUCUGUUGAUUGCUGGAGAUAGUGAAUUGUAUCGCGUGCUCAAUUUGCACUACAAUCGCAAUAAUCACAUUGAGGUACCCCAAAACUUUCGCUUCGUCGUUGAACAGACACUGCGGGAGUUUUUCCGUGCAAUACAGGGUGGCAAAGACACCGAACAGUCGUGGAAGAAGUCCAUAUACAAGAUCAUCUCGCGCAUGGACGAUCCCGUGCCCGAGUACUUCAACCACACCACACACCACGAUCCCAGCUACUAUGACUACUACAACAUCUACAGCCACAACAUCGAGGGCCGGCAGCAGCAAUCCGAAGGCGAGGCGCAGACCAAAGCUAAAAGGCUAAAUCUGCGCAAGAAGUACCACUGGAUAUGA